UCCUCGCUCUCCUGCAGAGAGACGAUGGAUUGGUUUUCAGAAUUUACAUUCUUCACUGAGCAAGAAAUGAAAAAGCUGCAGACUAUAUAUGACCAGGAUGGGCUGAGCAAGUUUGCGACACGGAUCGUGACAAAAUUGGACGAUAUGAAAAAUGCAGAGCUUAACAUCGCUGUGACCGGAGAAGCAGGUGCAGGGAAAUCCACCUUCAUCAACGCCAUGAGGGGGCUGCGGGCCAGCGAUGAGGGUGCAGCUAAAACCGGAGUCAAUGAAACCACAAUGGAGCGAACUCCAUACAAACAUCCCGACUUCCCUAAUGUUUGCUUCUGGGACCUGCCGGGAGUUGGAUCAUUAGAGUUUCCAAUGGAGGAUUACGUGAGCAGAAUGGAAUUUACUACAUACGAUUUUUUCAUAAUAAUCUCAAAUGAUCGAUUCACUGAAAACGAUGCAAAUGUCGCCAAGGAGAUUCAAAACUUGGGGAAGAAGUUUUACUUCGUACGAAGUCAAAUUGACAAUGACAUCGAAUCUUUGAAAAAGCAGGGUAUAGUUUUUGACAGAAAGGAGAAACUUGCUGAGAUAAAACAAAACAUAAGUUGCGGUUUGACCAAAGCGGGGAUUUCAGACCCCAAUAUUUUCCUGAUAUCAAGCCUUUCCUUAAAUGAGUUUGAUUUUCCUCAGUUAAAGGAAACGCUUGUAAAUAAUCUCGAUAGAAUGAAAAAAGAUGUUUUAUUGAUGUCACUUCCAAGCACAACGGUGAAGAUUGUGGAGCAGAAACGAGCCCAGUUGAUGAAACGUAUCUGGAUGGUGGCGAUAGUCUCAGGAGCCGUGGGAGCGGUGGCUGUUCCCGGGUUGACUUUCGUCGUUAACCCCGGGAUAAUAGCCACUGUAAUACUAGAUUUCCGCAAAAGUCUCAGCCUGGAUGAUGCCUCCAUUGAAAGCCUCGCCAAUAUAGCAAAUAAAUCAGUGGAAUUUCUGAAAGCAGAAGUGAAAACCCCUCUGAUGGGUGAAGUGAAUGACGCGCUUGUGCACCAAAUGUUUGGGCGUUCCAGUUUUUUUGUGGAAGUGGUCCAAAGCAUGCUACCAGUCAUAGGCUCCAUCUUCGGGGCAGUAUCGUCAUAUAGAAUGACUUACACGCUGCUGACCGACGCACUGGAUGAACUUGUGGAGAAUGCCCAGAGAGUGGUGAAAGUUGCAUUUGCCACUGACCCUGGUCAUCCACAAUAAAGAAUCCGCUACUGAGUUGCUGCAAGUCAUCACGGAUACGGGAAUGGAAAAUAAAUAUCAUCUUUCACAUCUUCAUUAAAUUCCAAAUUAUUUCACAGCUGAUGAAUUAUUUUAAAAGCUGUUGUCACUGCUGUAAUCUUCACAACCAAUUCACUACAAACACCUUAACCGCACCAACCCGCCGGAGAACAGAAGAUAACUCUCCCGGGGAGACUCAGUGUGACGUUGCCACCGCGUUCAACAAGCUCUCACCAAUGAAACCAUAUCAACAUCUAGUCAAACCUCCAAGGGGCUGGACUGUUUCACAAAGACGACAUCUUCUUCCAGUCUCCAACGAAUACAGAUCUAACUUCUUCAGUCUUACAUGAGAAGAUGAUCUUCUGAUCCCAGUGGGCUGAGUGUGUUGUCAUGUUCUGUACACUUGGCCAACUAAAACUAUGCACAACAUUCUAGAUAUUCUAGUUACAAUUAUGGCAACAUUUCCCUAUUUCUAAACUCCAACCCCAUUGCAAUAAAAGCCAACAUGCCGUUAGCAUUCUUAACCUCUUGUUUCACCGACCCACUAGUCACUUGUACCUCAUGGAUACAAACAUCUUCAUAUUUAUGUGUCUCCUUUAUCUACAGACUUUCUCCAUUUAGAUCACACCCGGCUUUAGAUUCCUCCUAUCCAAAUGUAUGGCCUCACAAUUUCCUGCGUUAAACUCCAUUUUCUAAUUUACUAAAUUUAUUCGAGGAAUUUGGUUCUUUUUCUGGAUAUAGAAUAAACUGGAACAAAAGUGAAAUUAUGUCACUAAAGCCGCAGAAAGCGAAUCAUCUAUUAAAAUUUCCAUUUAAAAUUGCAACGGAAAAAUUCAAGUAUCUGGGUAUUCAAGUUACUAGAAGACAUAAAUCAUUAUUUAACGCUAAUUUUACACCAUUAUUAAAUAUAUUGAAUGCUCUGAUUAAAUUUUGGAAAACGCUCCCAUUAUCAUUGAUUGGCAGAAUAAACGCUAUAAAAAUGAUAGUUCUACCACAAAUAAUAUAUUUAUUUCAAUCCAUACCAAUAUAUAUACCAAAACAUUUAUUUUUAAAUUAGACUCUAAUAUUACCAAUUUUAUCUGAGACUGUAAAGCACAUAGAAUUAAAAGAAACCGCAUAUGCAAACCCAAAGGCGUAGGGGGACUUGCACUGCCUAAUUUUUUAUAUUAUUAUUGGGCAGUGCAUAUUAAGAAUGUAAUUUAUUGGUUGGAUAGUCCUUCUCAACAGAUGGAAUGGAUAAGAAUGGAGAAAGAGGAUUGUUCUCCGUACGAUUUGGGAGCGAUCCUCUUCUCCCUGAUAAAAUUGAACAAUACAUUAUAUAAGAAGAAUCCAAUUAUACAUAAUAUAAUACGAAUUUGGAAACUAAUAAAAUUAACUUUAAAAUUACGAAACUUAUCAGCACUAACACCCACAGUGAAUAACCCGGUAUUUAAACCAUCUCUUAUGGAUAAAACAUAUAGACAAUGGGAAAGAUUGGAAAUUUAAAAGGUAGGUGACUUGUAUGAAAUGGAAAAUUUAUUAUCAUUUCAACAAUUAAAAUCAAAAUUUAAUCUGAAUAACAACCAAUACUUUAAAUAUUUACAGAUAUGUGACUUUAUGAAGAAAUAUAUACCAAGAUUUCAGAACAUAAUGAUAGACCCACUGGAAGAAGCAAUGAAUAUUACGGUGGACUCACAAAACUUAAUAUCAUAUCUAUAUAAUAGUAUUCUAAACGGAGUAUGCCAUCAACAGAGGCAAUUAGAGAAGACUGG